AUGACUGCUCCUCUGGAAGAUACCCCUGUCACCUACGAGGACCUGAAUGACCUCAAUGCUGAAUUCGAUGAGGUCGAUACUGAACUGCUGCGACAAGAAGUUCAGCUAAAGAACGCUCUAUAUGAGAAGCGACAGAAGGUUGUGUCCCAGAUCCCCAACUUCUGGCCCCUCGUUCUCGAGCAAGCUCCGCCAGAUAUCGACGAGUACAUCCAGCCAUCGGACUCGGCCCUGCUCCUCUCUUCACUGACCGCGCUCUCCGUGUCUCAUUUUGAGGUUGAGAAUGGCGGCAAGGGCGACCCUAGGAGCUUGUCAAUCAAGUUUGAAUUCAACGAGAACGAGUACUUUGAGGACCGUGUCCUUGAGAAGAAGUUCUGGUACAGGAGAUCUAGCGACGGCUGGACUGGACUGGUUAGCGAGCCUGUCGAUAUCAAGUGGAAGAAGGGAAAGGACCUGACUAGCGGCCUGUUGGGUAUGGUGAAGAAGGUGUGGGAGGCAGAGCAGAGCAAAGCCAAAGAGGGCAACGGAGCUUCCAAGAAGGCCAAGAUCUUGACAGGGGACCAAAAAGCUCUCAAGAAGAAUAUGGAAAACACCGGACUCGGUGGGCUGAGCUUCUUCACAUGGUUCGGCUACAUUGGCAAGUACAUCACGGCAGAGGAGAGCAAAUUGGCGAACGAGAAGGCCAGGAAAUUGCGGGAGGCGAGACAGGCCGGCAAGGCCGAAGAGAAUGGAGAGGAGGAGGACGAUGACGAUGAGGAUGAUGAUGAUGAUGAACUCGAGCUCUUCCCGGAGGGCGAGAACCUGGCCGUUGCUAUUGCCGAGGACCUCUGGCCUGGUGCUAUCAAGUACUUCAUCCAAGCGCAGGAGCAAGACGGCAUUAGCGAUGUCGACUUUGAAUCCGACGAAGAGGAGAUGGAAGAGUUUGAUGACGACGAAGAACCUCCUUCUAAGAAGCGCAAAGCUUGA